AUGGAUCUCAACAUGAUGAUGAAGCGCGGUAAAAUCGCAGGAAAAGCCCUAAAAAACCUAAUGUUCCACCACUACAACCAUCAAACCUCCGCCUCUCGAAGAGGCGAAGACAGGCCCUCCAUCCACCCCUGUGACGACUCCCCUCAGGAGUACGAAUUUAGCUGCAGUGAGACCCCUUUACACCGCCGCUACUUCACCAACAAAAGAAAAAACAAUCGCCAACAAGAAAAAAGCCCUUUAUACAUUCCUUCUCCUUGCCCUAAUUUGGAAAACAUUGAUAAUGUUAACCUAGAGGAAGUCAGCAACAUGCUGGAUAUAAUGCUAAGUAAUGAAGAGGCUGAUGCUGCUGCUGAUGUCCCCGCCGCCUCGCCGCUGUUGCCAGGGCUAGGGUUUGGCCGAAGCCCCGCUGUUCGACAGCUUAGGAUCACGGACUCGCCGUAUCCGGUGCAAAAUGUGGAUGAUGAUAAGCAUGUAGAUCAAGCUGCUGAGGCUUUUAUCAAUAAAUUUUAUUCUCAGCUUAAGAAGCAAAAGUACUAG